CUGGCCAUGUGUUCAGUCGGUGGCUCGUCGCGCGCCGGGUAGCAGUGAAUUCUCGCGCGUCACCUUGCCUGGUAGUUCGUCGUGUCUUCGUUCUCGCGUGACACAACCGCAUCACUGUCAAAAUCCAAACCGUUCCAUCCGCUCUCUCGUGCAGGAUUCAUUUCCUCAACCGCGGGGUCCCGCUGGCUCGGAAAUCGAGGUGAAGAUUUCCCGGGUAAUUUCCGAUCGAAUAAUCAGUGUCACUGUCAGGACUUUCGAACCGCGAUAUCUCGAUCCAUGAAACGACGCGCGAUCUGAACGAUGACAGUGCCGGUGUCACGUUGGAGUAAUCGUAUUCUGAAAAUCUCGCGUGUCCCAGUUGAUUAUUUACAAAGCGAGGGAAACGGACGUUCGGACAAUCGUAGCCGGUGAUCGGUGUCACGUUCGACUCGCGGGACGAGGCAGAUUGAUUUGAAGGACUAUCGAUAGAGCGCGGUCGUCCGGUGUUUCCACUCGUUUGUUUCGAUAAUCGAUGCAUUGUCGAGGGCGCGACAGAGGGAAACGGGAAAAGUGAUCCGGCUGUGUGUGUUAUGACUGGAGUAUUUUUCGCGCGUGAAAAGGGGGAGAAGGAUGCGGGGUGGUCGCCGCUGAUCGUUCUCGAGCGGGAGAAACGCGACAGCGUCGAGGAGGAAGGCCGGCCGGUGAAAUUCGGCGCGGGAUUCGCCGUUGCCACCGGUGGCGCCAAAAUGCCCCGUGGCUUGCCGACUAGACGAGGCCUCCAGGCGUUGGCACUCGUUCUUGCCACCGCUUACGCUACGAUCCUCCUUUACCAGGCUGUUGCUCCACGUCAGUGGGUGGAAGAAAUGACGGUGGAGGUGAACAGUCGAAGCGUGCUGGUGGAGAUGCCGGCGUCGAGGAAGUUGAUCAACGAGGAAUCAUCGGUAACACCAGCAAUCGCGACGGCGACCAUGUCGCCGCCUUCGACGAAUCUGGACGAUGUGUUCAUCAGCGUGAAGACCACCAAACACUACCAUCAUUCUCGUCUGCCGGCGAUCAUCAGCACGUGGUUCCAGUUUGCCAAGGAUCAGACGUGGUUCUUCACCGACCGCGACGACCCCUACUUCCAGAAUCAGACGAACGGCCACAUGAUCAACACCAAGUGCUCGUCCUCGCACAACAGGCGUGCCCUGUGCUGUAAAAUGUCCGUCGAGUUCGACAGGUUCCUCGGCAGCGGCCGGAAGUGGUUCUGCCACUUCGAUGACGAUAAUUACGUGAACGUGCCGCGGCUGCUCAAACUGCUGGACAACUACAACCCGCGGGAGGAUUGGUACCUGGGCAGGCCGUCGAUACCGGCGCCGUUGGAGAUCAUCAGACAGGGACCGGAACCGUCCAAGAGACCGGUGAGUUUUUGUCGAUGCCACG